AUGGGAAUGAAGCCUGCCAAGAAGAAACGAGGCAAGGCCAGCAAAGCCGAGAAGGACAAGUUGAAGAAAGAAGAAGAAGAGCGGAGACGCAAGGAGGAAGAGGAAGCUCGUCUGAUUGCUGAGCAAGAAGAGCAGGAAAGGUUGGAGAGAGAACAGAAGGAAAGGGAAAAACAACUAAGACUCGAAUCAAAGGAUAGAGAGCGCAGAGGGGAUGAGCUGAAUGAACUGCGCUUCACACUGGAGGAAAACCAGAAAAAAGUGAACGUGUGGGAAACUACAGCCAGAGCGAAAGCUAAAUGGAAACGGUACAUGAUUUGUGAUGGCAGCCCAAACCCGGCUAUACGACCCGAGAUCAAUACCUUCAUCACUCUGUGGAAGGAAGACCCAGACGUGGACAUCCAGACCAUCCUAAAACAAUGUGCUUUGGCCUUGCGACUAACAGAUGAACUGGAGCUUGUUUUGAGUGAGGAAACUGAACCCCGGAUUAUUCAGGAGCAUCAAGACACACUUCAGUCCCUGACGAGUCUCAUCCACACCAAACACCAAGCAGCUGCUGAGGAGAUCCUAAAGUCAGCUAAAGCUUGCCCAGACAUCGAGACCGGGAACAUGCAGAAGAUCGUGCAUGAUGAUAACGUCACUCUGUGCUUAUGGGCUAACAUUAAAAAAAAUCCCCGAUUUAAAGGGUACCAUUUCGAGGAGGUGGCGCUAAGCUUUGAGCUUCCUAAACCACUAACUAUGAGUGACAUUUGCGUGCGGAUCCUUCACACCCGCUACGAUCACCUGAGCAACCUGAGCCUCUGGAUACAAGCACAGAAUAAAAGUCUUGAGACCGAAGAAGAAGAAGAAGAAGGAAGAGGAGAAGGUAAAGGAGAUGCUGAGAUGCUCAGUGAGACCCCUAAAGUGCCAGAGGACGGAGAGACGAAGGGGGAAGACGAGGUGAGAGAAAGCGUGCAAGAAAAGGACGAUCUGCAGUCACUUAAAUCGACAGAAGGGAAGAAGAGUAGCGUUAGUGUGCGCUCAGCUAAAGAGGGGAGGAAAGGUUCUUCAGUAAAGCUACAGGAGGAGGUAGAGGAUCAUCCGGACAGCAUCAUGGAAGAAGGGACCUCCACUGGAGAAGCAGAAGACGAGGCUGAACCUGAACCCACUGUCAUACAGCCAGAGACCAUCAGCCCCAAGGUGCACAUCGUGGAUCUGUAUCGGUACACGCCACUGGGCGGAGUCUACUACUUUGACCUUUUCAAGCUACCACCCCAGACUCUCACCUUUAAAGGCUGGGAGACGACAGAGAUACUGAAGACCGGUCUUCAAGUCUUCCCUUAUCCCUCAGACCAGCAUCACAGCUCUGUGUCAGGGACGCUGGAGGAAAACGCGACACACACAUACCCACCUGCAGGGGUCACUGUGGUUCUGCCCGAGUCUGUGAUCUUCAUGCAGGAGCCACAGGUGGCACGAUGGGACCCAAUCGGUCAGCACUGGAGAACGGACCACAUCACUGAGACGUCAUACAACAGCGAGACCCGCAGCAUCUCCAUUAAGAUGGACUCUUUCUACACCUUCACUCUGCUCCAGGAGACGCACAUCAACAUGCCGUUUCAGCACUGGGAGCUUCGACCUCAGGGUCAGGACUCAGUCACACUGACCAUCAUGACAGCGUUCACCAAAGUCAGCAUCAACGUCAAGGGAAACCAGUGUAUGCUUCAGAUGGAACAGGCUCCUGGACUGAACCAUAUCCUGGGUAAAUGGAUGAGUCUCGCUGCUCUACAGUCAGCUAUGAGACGCGCAGGUGUUAACGUGUUCGUUAACGAGUAUUCGGAGAAAUACGUCACAGUCAGCGCCAAGGACCCGCUGAUAGAGCACGCCGUGUACGAGCAGAUGGCGUUGGUGUCCUCAGCUUUCGCUUUCUCUCGGAGUCAGUGGAAUGCUCAGUGCGGACAGGAGCAUCUCGUCCUACAGGCAUGUGAACACGUGGAGGCGGGGCCUGUAGCACAGGAGGCAUGGUCUCUGUACUUGCUCGGAGCUCAGCGGAGUCAGCGUUUGAUGAUGACCGAAAUGAGUGACGGGUUCUCCUCAGAGCUGGCCGAGGACUCAGAGUUCCACUCAACGUUUCUGCACAUGCUCAGAGACGUCAUCAGCCCGUUGGGGCGAGACAGAUCAGACCACACCCGCUACCUUUUUGUUGAUACGGUGCAGAGACUGCUGUGUUCUACUCGCUUGCUCACAUUCUCCUGA